AUGAUAGAUCAGUUGAAGGUUAUUUUGCAAGACAUUUUUAAAAUCAAGGACCUUGGUCAUCUUAGAUACUUUCUUGGAAUUGAAGUUGCUAGGCCCUCUGAAGGGAUUGUUUUGAAUCGAAGGAAGUAUGCACUUGAGUUGGUUUUAGAGGCUGGAUUGUCUGCUGGGAAGCCUGCUGGCACUCCUCUUGAACUGAACUUGAAAUUGACUUCAUAUGAGUUUGACAAGAAAUUUCCACUAGGUGAAAAGGAUGAGUUGCUGACAUAUCCUAGUAUGUUUGGGAGAACGGUGGAACGAUUGUUAUAUCUAACCAUGUCUAGGCCUGACAUUUCGUUUGCUGUCCAGACCUUAAGUCAAUAUAUGCAGUCUCCUAAACAAUCACAUCUCGAAGCAGCAUUAAGAGUUAUAAGAUAUGUGAAGAAGGAACCAACUCUUGGGUUGCUUAUGUCUACAAAAAGUAUAAAAGAGCUGGUGGCAUUUUGUGAUUCAGAUUGGGCUUCUUGUGCUGUUAGUAGAAAGUUAGCGCCAGGUUACUGCAUUAAGAUGGGAGAUUCUCUUCUGUCUUGGAAAUCAAAGAAAUAA